AUGGAGUCUCCUGUUCCAGGACCUCUGAACUUCAGCAGCCUCCCCGCUAGCUCAAGUUCUCCCCAGAUCACUAUUUCCCCGAUCGACUUUACGUCGUUCACCACGGAUCACUUCCAGCAAUCAUGGCUUCCCACGCCCCCGCCUCCACAGCCCUUGGCUUCCAGUUUGAACAACAGCAACAACAGCAACAACAGCAACAACAACAGUGCGCUAGAGGACUUCGUACUCUACCCCAACCCACCCGCCUCUCGUCCGCAGCCUCGACCCAGAGACUUGCGUGCGCCAGCACCCUCGAGUACUGCCCCUAGACCGUCCGCGCUUCAGCCCUUUUUGGCGCAGAACAAUCCUCGACGACACUCCUUCAGCCUGCAGUUGCAACGCCAUCUCCAGCAGCAGUUCUCUGGCUCUUCUCAGGACCCCAGAGUGACCAAGCUUACCCGGUCUCCUUCCUACUGGUCUCAUCCAAAUCAUACGCGCUCCCCACUGCCACACGCAGCGUCGGUGCCUAUCAAUUCGCCCCACCGCCUUACUAUUCCCCAGUUCAACGCAUUUGAGAAAAGAAAGCAAAAUAUGUUGGCCUACCGCCGCAACAUGUCGACUCCCAAUUUCCAAGGUAUUUUGGCCUCCCCUCGCAUAGUCCAUCCCGACGACGCCGCUCACACAGCCCAUCCAGACAACGACGCCGACCUGUUUGGUCUCCCCUCUGCUGGUCUCACCACCGGUAUGGGCUCUCCUAUCGACCUCGGCCAGCUACCGCUCGGCUCUGAGGUUGAUGGUGCAUUCUCUCCGGUCGCUCCUGCUGGCACCAUCUCGCCAAAAGACCUGAUGUUUGACGCUUCAGUGCCCCCGUCCGGCACUUUCACCGACCUGAGCACUCCUCCCUAUGACUCGCCUGCCACAUUCAGCCAAAAUCCGUCCCCGCUCUUCACUGACGUGGACUAUAUGGGCCAGGAGGUCUGGUCGCCUCUUUUCCAUGAUGCGUCUACCUCCAACGCUUUUGAUGCUUCCUUUGAUGUCACUGCUGCCCUCGCAGAGACCCAGCAGCCUCAAAAGAAGCAGGAGAUGUCACAGCCGGCCAUGCCACUGUCUCCUGUUUCCCGACGGGCCGCUGCUGCCAAGUCCUCGCCAAUCUCCGCCACUGGCAGCGCGAAGCCUUCCAGUGUUGCAGGUAUCUCUCGCAACCGCAAGGAGCUCUCGCCUGUCGAGUUCGACCCCAGUGACCCCGUCGCUGCCAAGCGUGCUCGCAACACUGAGGCAGCCCGGAAGUCCCGUGCCAAGAAACUUGAGCGCCAGGCCAACGCUGAGCAGCGCAUUGCUGAGUUGAUGAGGCAGCUGGCCGAACGCGACGAGCGCAUUGCCAAUCUGGAGGCUCAGCUUGAAGCUCAGCAGAAUUUCCAGUGA